UGCACAUCAUCAGUCACCAGAAAAAAAAAAUAUAACAGAUGACCGGAAAAGGAGGAGAAACCGACCACUCCAUGGAGGUUGGCGCCGUCCGAUCCCUCCAACAAACUCCCACUUGGGCUCUGGCUGCCGUUUGCAUCUUUUUCAUUACCGUUUCCAUUAUUAUAGAGCGUCUCAUCAAUCUUCUCUCGCAGAGACUUAAGAAAAAUAGAAAAAUAUCGCUACUUGAAGCUGUAGAAAAACUCAAAUCUGUUCUAAUGGUGCUAGGAUUCAUGUCACUGAUGCUAAAUGUGAUUGAAGGAGAAGUUUCGAAGAUAUGCAUCCCCACAAGGUAUGCCAAUCGAAUGUUGCCUUGCCAUGGAACCAAAAUACUACUUACUGAUGAAGAUGAUGAUGAUGAUCACGACAACAACUCCGCUCAUUUUUGCUCCAAGGGGAAAACGUCACUUAUUUCACCAGAAGGGUUGACUCAGUUGAGUUUCUUCUUCUUUGUGUUGGCAUGUAUGCAUACUCUCUACAAUCUCGCCACUCUUCUCCUUGGAAUGGCCAAGAUGAGGAGAUGGAAUUCAUGGGAGAAGGAAACCCAAACGGUCGAUUAUUUAGCAGCAAACGAUCCAAAUAGGUUUAGAAUAACAAGAGAAACCACAUUUGCUCGACGACACCUGAGUUCUUGGACUGAAACAUCGAUUCAACUUUGGAUUAAAUGUUUCUUCAGGCAAUUUUACAACUCGGUGGCCAAAGUCGACUAUCUCACACUCCGACAUGGAUUUAUCUUUGCUCAUUUAUCCUCCAAUAAUUCUUUCAACUUCCAAAAGUAUAUACAGAGAUCUUUACAUGAAGAUUUUAAAACUGUGGUUGGUAUCAGUCCUUUAAUGUGGCUUACUGUGGUCAUCUUUAUGCUCCUUGACGUUCAUGGUUGGAGAGUAUAUUUUUGGAUGUCAUUUGUGCCACUAAUUAUGGUUUUGGUUAUCGGGACGAAACUAGAAGUGAUAGUGGCAAAAAUGGCGGUCAAAAUAAUGGAUCGUAACAAUGUGAUUAGAGGAAGCCCUCUGGUUGAGCCAAACGACAAGCAUUUCUGGUUUUGCGCUCCUCGUUUCCUCUUAAUCAUUCUACAUUACACGCUGUUUCUGAACACAUUCGAGAUGGCAUUUUUUGUGUGGAUCACUUGGAAAUUUGGGAUCAACUCUUGUUACCAUGAACACCGAGAGGUCGUCGUCAUACGACUUGUACUAGCGGUGACGGUCCAGGUCUUGAGCAGCUACAUUACACUACCUCUCUAUGCCCUUGUAACCCAGAUGGGGUCAACCUAUAAGAGUGCAAUCUUAGAAGAACAAAUAGGAAAUGUGUUAAGGCAAUGCCAUGGUAGAGUUAGAGACAAGAGGAAGAGAAACCAAACGUUGGAAACAGACAACAACAGUGACAAUAAUAACCGUGAUGUCGAUACUAGCGAGAGCCCGCCGGUUCAGCCAGAAAUGAUUUCAGAUUUCAGAUUUUCGAGUAGACUACCACCAAUAUUACAAGAGAUAUCAAUACAAAGCAAACUGAAAAGUGAUGAGAUUGAAGGAAAGUGAGGAAGAGAUUGUUGGUACUGAAAUGUAGAGUAUAGUUGGAAGUUUAGAGCUUGUGUCAUAUAAUAAUUAAAGAGUGUAAGUGUAUAAUAGUAUCUAGAAAACCAAUUAUGUGAGGCUGGAAUUACACUUAGAUUGAUAUUCGUAUAGAAAGUAGUAAUUGAAUGUAUAAAGAAGAUUAAUUAAGAACCG